AAUUCAGAUUUAAUAUGACAGCCGUCGUCGCCUCGCUACAAAUUUCAUUCAAAGUAAAUUUGAAAUACACGUGCGUUCGAAGAUGUUCAAAAACAGAUCGAAUUGCAAGUUUAUGUUUUUUUUUUUAAAUUGUUGAAGCUGAAUUUACAUGCAUAUUUUUAUUCACGACACAUAAACAAUCAAUAUGAAGAAUAAACCACAACGGCACAAAGAAACCAAUGCGUUCAGAUUCAAGACGUUUGGAGAACGAAUCAAUGAGAUCGAUCUGCGACGCUCAGCGCUCUACCGAAUUCGCCAUCAAAAUGAAGGUACCGGUGAAGAGGCACAGGAGACUGAAUUCCAUCAAACAUACUGCAAAUGGGUCGUGUUGAACUUAACGGAAGAGUAUGGUGCAUUUCAAAAACAAAUUCGUGGCAUUGUCACUCUGCCACAGUUACUUUUGAAGAAGGAUUUUGUGAUCAACACAUUGGUAGAUGCGAUAGAAAGAGCGACGGUGCUCUCGUUGCAGCCGCUACUCGAAUUCGUAGUUGCUCUUGCACGAGAUCUUCGAGAUGAAUUCUAUGUAUAUUUGGUGAGAAGUGAAAAGCCACUUUUUGAAACCAUUUUCAAUCUAUUGAAUACAAAAGAUUCGGAUCAAUUGGAAUGGACGCUCCUUUCUCUGGCACAUUUGUUUAAAAUCCUCAAACCAUAUUUGAAAAAGGAUUUUUCAGCAGUAUUUAAUUCACUAUUGCCUCUAAUUGAUGACGGACAAAAUGCAGAAAGUAUUACCAAUUUUGCUGUUGAAUGUUUCGCAUUCAUUGCACGUGACAUUACAGAAAAGGAAAAAUUUCUAACUGCCAUAUUAUCGAAGUUGAGUACCAGAAUCAGCCAAGAUGUAGGAAUAUGCAGCGAAAGCUUGAUACGAGGAUGCGGGCAAUUGCUAUUUGAAGUGAUUCGCGGUGUGAACGGUCAAUUCCAUAGUUGUGCCGGCGUAUAUUUAAAUGUAUAUUUUGGACUGUUAUCGAAAUUAAAGACACACCAAGCAGAACUGUUGUACGACAUCUUAAGUGGCAUGGUAAAAGUUUUAGUUCAACACAUAGCACCAGCCAAUAUGCAAACAUUCUGGGAUGCAUGCUAUCACGUAUUGGCCGAAUUCAAAGAGGCAUCCAAUUUCAACAGUUCUGCGUACAAACAGUUGCUGUUAAUAAUGGGUCAGACGCUCGAAAGCAGAGAUGGCAAAUUUCUCACAAAUUCCAAUCAAUUUGUCACUGAACUAUUAAAAGUCAUUGACACAUGCGAAAAUAGUGAUGAAUGUUUACGGUCUACAUCCGAUUUGGUUACAGUACUAUUGCUUUCGCACAAUGUGAUCCUCACUCAAUUGGAUGCGAGCCGAAUAACAAAAAAAGUGCUCACAAUACCAUCCACCGAAAUAUUCGAAUCGUUUGUGUGGAACUGUGUGAAAUAUUCACAGUUUGAAGUACUAAUAUUACCGGAAUUCCUGCGAUACAUUGACAGUAAUCACUUUGGAUUAAGUUCAUUGGAAUUGAUGGCGAAAAUUAUCUUGUACAAAUCACCGUUAGCCAGUGAUGGGAUCACACUCGACUCCAAGAAAUCUUAUCCAAUUCGUUUACGUUCGGACAAAUCUUUGCAGAAAAUCAAAUCAAUAAUUACCAAGGUCGAUAAUACAACUGAUAUAUUUUGGUCAAAUCCACGAGAAUUUCUAUUGGCACUCAUAAUUUAUCCACAUAUUGUUGGCGCCGAUGUUGUCAAAGUAGUGGAAAAAGUAAAUGAAUCAAUUGAAGUCUGUUUAAAUGCGUUGAAACCAGCGGAUGGUAUAAAUCAAAAUGAAUCCGAGCAUCAACGUAUCCACACCCAGAACAAACGAAUCAUUUUUGUUCUGGCGAUUUUAGUUGAAUCUCAAAUUCAAUUUCGAGAAAAACAAGUCGCAAAAUCUAAGUCAUUAAAAACGAUAAGGCUGCAGACGAUAGUAAACAAAUUGGUACAGUUCAGCUCAUGUGAAAAUCCUCGUUAUACUCACGCUCUACGUUUGCUGGAUCUGAUUAUUUCUUUCGAGGUGAAGCAACCAAAGGAAUGCAGAAGUUCAGAUUUCAAUUUUGAUUUAUUUAAAACGAUUCAUAUGGAACUGUCCAACAAUCUAUUUUCACGUUAUCACAUCGUCCGAAGGACAACCGCACAUUUGCUACAUCAAUUUGCCAACGAAUUGAAAACGAACGAUACAGAGCUAGCGAUUUUUGGUAUAUCUUUCGACAUUGAAUCCAUUGAAACAAACAUCCACACAUAUCGAGAGCAGUUGUUGCUUUUACAGCGAAUUGAACCAAACCCAAAGUUUAUUUCUUCGUUGUGCAAAAUUCAUGAGCCACUUAAAUUCGAUCCGCUUAAAUAUUUGCUGGGAUUUCUUCAUGUGAAUUUCAAUCUCCUCUGGAAACCGACCAUGGAAUUGAUUGCCGCAUACUUUUCCGAAUUGGAUAUUGAAAGUUUCUGGUCCCUGUACAAAGCUCGCAUCGAGGAAACAACAACUUUGCAACGCAGUAAGCAAUUGACCGAUGAAAAUCACGAAGACCUUGAAUUCAUUGCGGCGGAAUCAUGUUUGGGCAUAGAAUACCUCAAUGUUUGGCGUAAUGAUGAACGUUCGAUCGAUUUGGUGAAUUAUCGAAUAUUACUGUGGCGCAUUAUUCCAUCACUUGGGAUGUUACGAGAGAUAAAAAAUCGGGAAAUUGUGACGAUUUUCUUGGAUUUCAUUGAACAUGAAUACAAACGUACCAUCGAUCGUGAUACGCUUACUUUGCAAGCGCAGCGCAACCGAAAAACUAAGAAAAUAACCAACGGGAAAGGCUUUAAUAAAACUGAAAAUGAGUAUGAGAAUGAAAAUGAAGAAGAUGGUGAAGAUGAUAUCGCGGAACAGAUUGUAGACGAUCAAAAUGUACCAGCUGGAACUCAGCGAACGCUGACAAAUAUGCUUCAGGUGUUUGUUAAUCAAAAUAAUCCAAAAGCAUUGCAUCGUGAACCCGAGCUAUGGAGCCUAUACAUGGACUUGCUUAGCCAUAGGAAUAGUGAAGUUCAAAAAUUGGCAUUGGAGUGUGUCGCUGCAUAUAAACACAAAUAUUUACAACCGUACAUGGAUCAUUUAAAGGGUUUGGUGGACGAUGCAAAAUUUAAAGCGACAAUAACCAGUUUCAAGAUUGAUAAAGAAAGUGGCCUGGUGCAGCCAGAGCAUCGACCGCAAUUGAUGCCCAUUGUAAUGCGAAUCCUCUUCAGUAAGAUGAUGACACGGGUUGGUGGACAGAAAACAUCGAAUCAGACACGGAAAUCGCUGAUCAUGCGAUUCUUGGGCGGUUGUCACGAAGAAGAAAUUCUGGUCAUGCUUCACAUGUCGUUCUGGAUGUUCGAAAGCGAAUUCAAAGAUGAUGCUCGUGAUAUGUGCUUAACCGUCAUGACAAAAACCAAUGUUGCAAACGUCCUAUCUCCCAACAUUCUACAAAGUUCUUUGGAUCUUCUGGAUGUAAUUCAAGGAGAGUUCAGUGGUUUGAUGAGUAAUAAAUUCCUACGAUACAUCAUAAAUGUAUUGCUUGUCAUCGGAUCCACCGUGCUCAGUGUUGUGGAACAAAGCAAGCAAGACAACUCAAAGUUUGCCGGCAAUUUGGCAAAGCCGUACAAAAAUUUACGCAACUUCUGCUAUCAGAACUUACAACGAUUCUUCGAUCAUUUCGAGUCCUACACAUGGACUGACAACGAGAUUGAUGCCAUAUUCUUGGUGUUUGUUGCUCCUUCAGCUCAUAAAUUACACCAGGAAAGUUUAGUGACAGUAAUACCUUUGCUGAAACUAUUUGCAACCUUUGGAAAGUAUCCAAGACUAUUUAUUCUGUUAACGCGCUAUAUUAAUGAUACAAAAACGGACACAACACCGCUGAGAUAUGUGAUGGAUUUGUUAGUUGAGCCCAAGGCACGACCACGCGUUUGCUUGACCAUCAUGGAAAUGAUUCAGAAUCUAUUAACGCUGUCCCUUGAUGUGGCUGCCAUUGAUGAAGAGCAUGCGAUUGUCCCGUUGGAAAUCAGUCACUGCAGGCCAAUUUCUGAAAAGAGUUUAGCUGAUAUUCCACAUGCGGAUACACUGAAUUUCGGUAGUAAAAUUCUUCUGCCAUUUUUGCCAAAUAUUUUGCAACGGUUCAAGAUUUUACUGAAAGGACGUCGUGGCCUGACAAAACGCGAUUUAGCAAUCCUGUCUAAGAUAACGGGCCUUAUUACUGAUCCAGAAACCAGUAAAACACUCCUUACCGUGCUAUUACCAAUUCUUGUGCGCAAAUCUAGUUCUAAUUUGGGCGAAGAAAUUCUCACACAAAUGGUUGAUACCAUCACCAACUUAUUCAAACGAAUCGAUCACCCAGAGCAACAUAUUCGUAGCAUUGCACCAAUGUUUGAACAAGUCACAGCACUUGGGCCACGUAAACUAUUGUGUCGUCUACUGCAUGUUAUAGCUGAUCGUGCAUCGUUUGAAAACAAAGCCGAUAAAUUACAGUUGCAACAAACAGUGCGCAUUGUGACUGAGCUGAAUGCAUGGGAUCGCCGAUGGAUUGAGCAACCAGACUAUGAAAAACGUUUAGAUGCCUAUAAACAAAUUGGUCAAUUGACUGCUGCCAAUGAGAUCGAUUUAAAUGCUGGAUUGUUGAUCAUUUAUCACUCGUUUCAUUUUGUCAAAUACGACAGAGACAUGGCAUUGCGAGACAGUGCAUCACAUCAUCUGAGAACACUUCUGCCAACGCUCAUACGAAAGCUGCAGAAGACAAAACCACUAGAAUUGGACUAUUUGAUCGGGACGGUGAUACUGAAUUUAGUUCGGAGAACUUUCCGUGAUAAAAACGACAAUGUACGUACUGAAGGCAUUCAGCUUUUGGGUGAAAUUGCACGCGAAUGUCCUGACGCUCAUCCAGUUCUAUUCGAUUUGAAUAUGCUUACGUGUAAGCAGGAUCGAGAGAUUGAUUUCUUUGAUAAUAUUACGCAUUUGCAAUCACAGCGUCAUGGCAAAGCACUGUUGCGAUUCUGUUCUGUAGCCAAAACACUGGAAAAAGCACCAAGCCCCAGAACAUUGACACAAUUCAUACUACCACUCGCUUCAGCGUACAUAGCAAAUGACAAAUAUUCCAUGAAUCAUGGUCUAAUUACGUCGGCUAUCGAAACAAUCGGCGCAGUGUGUCACCUAUUGCCAUGGCACCAAUACGAGUCGAUUCUAAAAUACUAUAUCAAGAAUAUGCGCUUCAAUGUCCAGUAUCAAAAGCAAAUGGUUCGCAUUGUUAUGCAGAUUUUGGACUCAUUCCAUUUUGAUUUGUCGGAAGCAAAUGCUUCAAUUGACAAACUUCCCGUUUCAACGGAGCCCACAGCAUCGGAAAUCGAUCAAAAGAAAAUCGCAACUAAAAAUGAUUCAAAUGCAGACGACAAUGUCGAUGAAUUGACUAAUAAUAUCGAAGCAGAGGAGAUUGUUAUCGAAAUGAACAACGAACAAGAUAACUUUUAUGACGAGUUGGAUGGACUGAACGGAGAGAAUGAAGAUGACGACGGCGAUGACGACGAAAAAGAACAAAACGUAACACCGAUUAAGAAAGCCAGAGUUUGUGUUUAUGAUAAGCCAAUAGUUUUGUCUGCAUCAAUUGCCAAAAAAGUCGUACAUAAUCUGGCCACUGGUCUGAUACCAACGCUCAAUAGCUCCAUCACGGCCCUCAGUACGUACGAAAGCUUCCAUAAAAUCAACAAAAAGAAACGACGUUCGGAGCGAGAAGAAGAAGAAAUAUUGCGUGUCCCGAUCGCGUUGGCAGUUGUUAAAUUACUUCAAAAAUUGCCGACAGGCAUUUUAGAGCGAAAUCUUUCUGGAAUUCUCAUCAAAGUGUGCAUGUUCCUGAAAUCACCGUUGAUUUCAGUGCGAAUGACAACUCGUGAUAUUCUAAAAAAUAUUAUGGUAACCGUUGGUGCAGAACACUUGGAAACUCUACUAGGCCAUAUGACAUCGUUGUUGACCCGGGGCUUUCAAGUUCACGUGCUCACUAUUACCGUUCAUUGUUUGUUGGACGCACUGAAAACGUCACUCAAAAAUGGAAUAAUGGACAAGUGUUUGCAGUAUGUGCUGCAGGUGUGCCUUAGAGAUAUCUUCGGGCAAACUGGUGAAGAGAAGCUCGUGACAAAAAUCGGCAAACACACACCCGAAGCAAAGCCGCACAACAAAAGCUUCCUAACGCUGAGUAUUUGUGCAACAAGUCUGUCUCAAACGUGUUUGCUGGAUCUGUUAGUUCCACUGAAGGAACAACUGAAUAGAUCACAAUCCAAGAAGAAUGUGGUUCGUUUACAGGAAUGCUUCCAGAAAAUAGUCGCCGGUCUGACGAUUAACAAACAAAUUAGCAUUGAGACGAUGUUAAUGUUUAUCUAUGGUGUGAUUUCUGAAAGUAUACCAGAUCUAAUGCCCACAAUUGAAAAACCAAAACUAACCGACAGUGAAAAAUCGAAAAUAAAGCAACAAAAACCAGAUUGCUUUCUGAUACCCAAAGAUCCACUACUUGAGAGACGCACCACUACUGUGCAAACUGCAGCCGUAACUAAUGUUCGGGCGAAUGCGCACGUUUUAAUUGAAUUUGGUUUGGAAUUGCUGCAACUGACACUGAAACGUGGCAAAUUAUUGAAAAUCAACUAUCAGCCAUUUAUCGAUCCAAUUGUGACGAUAUUGAACGAUUCAAUAGUAAGUAGUCAUGUGCGCGUUACAACUUUUGCCCUAAAAUGUAUCUCGACCUUGAUCAGCAAACAAAUGACUUCAGACCGUUUGGAUGAAGCCAUACCAUCGAUUGUUGAGAAAAUUUUCGAUAUUCUACAUAAAUAUGUUGCUGCCAAUACGGAUAUGUUGAAUGAAAACUUCCUACUGGUGCAAAGUUCAUUUAAAACCAUUAUGAACAUACUGCGUUAUGUACCAGCUGAACGUUUUACAUUGAUGGCCGACCAAUUGAAAACGCUACUCUUCUAUGCCGAGCAAUAUUUGAAUGUUGGCGAAACAACGAAGCAAACCAUAUCGUUCUCCCUUCUGAAGGUCAUCAUUUCGCGGCGUUUGGUUACCAGCGAAUUGAAUAAUGUACUCAUGCAAGUCGGUCGACUGGCUAUACAAUCAGAAUCGGAUGUUGCUCGGGCAGAGUCAAAGGGCAUCAUCGUUAACUAUCUGAUGGAUUAUCCAUUGGGAAAAAAAGUAGAAGGAUUUAUUGAAUUUUUCAUUUCUAAUUUGAACUAUGAACUGCGAUCAGGCCGUGAAUCGGCAAUCAGUAUUUUACAUUCGAUCGUUAAACGCUUCCCACCAAAAUAUCUGAAUCGGAAGGCAGCGUUGAUGUUUGUGGCUUGCGGCUCUUGCAUCGUGAAUGAUGAAUCUGCCGAAUGUCGUCAAAAUGUGGCAGAAUGCUUGGAAACGUUGCUAACCCGCAUUGAUGUCAAUCAACGCAACGAAUUGUUUUCCAUGGUAAUGACACUUUUGAACGAUAACAAACCGAGUCACCGAGAAAUGGCGGCUCUUCUGUGUACUCGAUUCAUAAAUGCCGAAAAAGAAAAGUUCUCAGCACGUCUUGAGAAAAUUCUGCCAGUUUUGAUAACGACUUUGUGCACCAGUUCCGUCAGAAAAUUUGUACGAAGCAGAAACAGCAACGACCGUAAUCACAAUGGCAAAGAUGAAAAUGAAUCAGGCGAUGAUAACGACGAUGACGAGGAAAACGAUCACGAAGAGACCCAACGAAUGCUAGACCAUCAAACAAUACAGCUACAAAAUACGUUGCAGAAAAUAUACGAAACAUAUGAUAAUGUAAUUGCUGAUUAUCCACAGUAUACGGAUGAGCUCGCCUAUGAAUCACAAAAGUUGCUUGCGCAUGAACAUACUUGGGUGCGAUUGAAUGCGUUACGAAUGCUACAAAAUAUCAUGCAAAGCAUAGAUGUUGAACACAUCCAUAAUAUAUUUGUUUCCGAUGAACGCGCCCAAAUUCAAUCGAAUUUCAUAUAUUCAAAUCCCGAGCAAGAACUUAAAUCAUUGACCCUGGAUCUGUGUGCCCAACUAAUACCCGAUCAGACCGUCAGUGAACUGGCAUCGGAAGUAACAACCAUUCUGUUACUCAUUGCGAACAUGCUAAAAGAUAUACCAUUCUCGAACACAAACGAAGCGGAAGAUGGAGACGAUGAAGAUGCGAAAAAUAACAUUAAACGAAAAAUUAAUUUACCUUGGCUGUUCAGACGGCUACGAUAUGUCAUUCAUGCUGAGGUGGCAAAAGCACCGCAAAGUACCAUACUGCGAACGUCAGUUUUCCGCUGGAUUGAAGGACUUGUGGAAUUAAUCACCACUGAGCAAGUUGAACGGUUGGCAUAUACAUUAUUGUCGCCACUGGUACGCGAAAUGUCUGAAGAAGAUCAAAAUAUUGAUGCAAAACUUCGUAAAUUAGCGAAGCGAGUUGGUGACACAAUACGUGACCGAAUCGGCGAUGACGAUUAUAACAUUUUGCGCGCGCAAAUCCAGAAGAAACUGUUGAUUAAACGAGCUGAGCGUAAGAAGUCGAUUGCAAUUGAUAAAAUAUCGCAUCCUGUCCAAGCUGCCAUGAGACUAAAGGGCAUACGAGAUCGAAAGAAGUCAGCCAAACGAAAAUAUAUGGAUCCGUCCAAAAUGCAUGGCUUCAUUGCGAAGAAGAAGAAAAAAUUGUACGAUCAAUAAGGAAUGAUCUUUAGGGAAAUCAAUGAAAUAUACAUAUAGCCUUUUCAAUAUCCUCUUUUAAAAAUGAAAAAAUAAAUUCACUAUAACUCAGAAAA